AUGCAUUACGUGUAUUUUAUUCUUUUAGUUGUUCUAGCUUCUUGCAAAAUGACUAACAUUACAAAUUUAGAGAAAUGGGUCCAAAAUUAAAACUACACUAUGAUCUUUUUCACGCGAGAUGAUUGUAAUCAUUGCUAGAGAUUGGAUGAAGAAUUAGAAAAAGCUUCUUAAUUGAUUAAUGUUGGUACUCCUGGAAGUAUUGGUAUUCCAGUAGCUAGAAUUAAGAAUUACGAACUUAAUAGAUACCCUGUGCUUAGAUUAUAUGUAAAAGGUCUUUACACCGAACAUUCAGGGGAAUGGUCAGCGAAGUAAUUAGAAGAAUGGGCAGAUCUAAGAGCAUUAUCUUAUAUAUCUGAUUCUGAUUCAGAACCAACGAUUAGAUGGAUCCAUGAGGCUCAUAAUAUUAGCGUUUUAGUUUUCAACGAAAAAUUCAAGUAGGAAUUGAAAUGGCUCAAAACUCUAAAGCAUCACAUCCAUUUCACUUAUACUACUUUACCAAAUGCUCGAUCAAUACUAAAUGUUGGGGAAGAAACCACCCUUGUGAUGUUUACAGAGAAGGGUAUAAAUCGAUAUGAUUAUGAUGGUGAAAUAACUUAUGAAAAAGUAUUUAAAUUUGUUGAGGAUCAUGAAGAGAAAUACUAUUAAGAAUUUACAUAAGAUGCUAUUGAAACAGCUUUUUAUUAACCUAAAAAGCCAAUAUUAUUUAUUUUUGAUGAAAAAGAUUAUAGAGAUUUGGCCAAAAUACAUUAAAAAGAGAUUAAUACUAUAUUGGUUAAGUUGGAUCAGGUGACAGAUAGACUAUUAAAUUAUUUAGGAAUUAAAGGUAUUUAACGUCCUUUGGCAGUUAUUUAUGAUUAAAACCAUUCUUAAAAGAAAUAUAGAACACAAUUUGCCGAUUUAGGUGAUCUUAGAAAAUUUGUGAAUAAUUUUCUAAAUAAUAAAUUAGAACCAUACUACAAAAGUUAACCAACUGUUAAAAACGAGAAUUGGGAAAAAUAAAUCUUGACCGUUGUUGGUGAUGAUCUACCAAAGCACGACAAUAUUUUCAUUUAUUUUUAUUCCAGUUGGUGCAAAGUCUGUCAAGAAUUUACUCCUAAAUUUGAGCAAUUAUUUAAAAAAUAUAGAGGAUAAAAAGCAUUUGGUAUGUUUGAUGCAAGUGAAAACGAAGUGAAAGAUUAAUUUAUUAAGGAAGUUCCUAUGGUUAGAUGGUACAAUGCUUAAACAAGAUAGGUUGUUACAUUUGAUGGACCAUUAACAUUAGAGGCCCUUAGUGAAUUUAUAGACAAAUAGGGAAAAAAAUAAGUUUCUGAUGAUUUAUGA